AGCUUUCCGCUCCUCCCCGGCCACCUCACUGCACGUGCGCUGUUUGACUCGUCACCUUCUCUGGUUCCGCGUGCUCCCCCUGGUCUCGCGGGGCCGUUCGCGAGCAAUUCUCGCGCUGCUUCGGAAGCGCGGGUAGCAAGCAAGGGCGCCAUCGCCGAGUUCGUUUUGCCGUGUGAAAAGUUUUGGCGGCGUUUCAAUCAACUUUUGGCGGAGGAGACGGGUGGUCGGUGAGGCGGUCACCCGUCGGUAAGGCGGUGGCGUGGCGCGGUUUUUUGAUCGGGCAGUGUUUUGGCGGCAAACCCUCCCGCACUGUGGCGUGUGUGGAUGUGCGUUUGAGCGGGAAGAGACUUGGCUUUCGAUGAUUCAGAAAGUUUUGGCGGAUACCGGCGGGGGAGUAGAUAGCGAGGGGAGAGGUGGAAACACUGAGAAGAGUCCUAGGGCAGGAGAGUUGCAGGAGAGGUUGACGGGCAGCAGCUCCCUGGCGGGGGGUCGGGUGUUUGUUUGCGGCGGUGGGAUGGACGCUGUCAAAUAAAAAGGCGACCGGCUGGCUGGAAAGGUAGCGGCUAAUGCCACUUGCAUCCUGCUUGCUGACGUGCGCAGCCACUGUGUAGAUAGAAUGAGUGCGUUGCUCCCGAGCGUAAUGAAUCAAAGGAUCAUCAUGCAAUUAGCUACCUACCUGUGAGUGUGAAUCAAGGCCUGCCAGGGAAGAGCGGAGGGGAAUUGGAGGGGCGAGGAAGUGUGAGAGAAGAUGGGCCGUCGGUGAGCUGGGCCUGUGUACUGUGAGAGUAUACGGGUGAAGAAGUACCGUGCCCCUUCCGUACACCCAUGUCAGGCAAACGAGGAGGAUAGGUAAUAAGGUCGGGAUUUUUUUUGCGCCCUUCGCUCACGUUGGCGUCCAUUACUGUUAAUCCUGAGACGGUUCUUUUUCACCCUUUUUUCCUCUCUUGCGGCCUCUCGUACUCUCCAAGUAUUUCUAGUCGCAUCUGUGUUCCGCCAUGUCUUGUAGGUUUUGAGUGGCACACACACAGAGAGAGAGAGAGAGAGAGAGAGAGAGAGAGAGAGAGAGAGAGAGAGAGAGAGAGAGAGAGAGAGAGAGAGAGAGAGAGAGANGAGAGAGAGAGAGAGAGAGAGAGAGAGAGAGAGAGAGAGAGAGAGAGAGAGAGAGAGAGAGAGAGAGAGAGAGAGAGAGAGAGAGAGAGGUGCGGAGUAUCAGCUGUUGAUAGGCUCGAGAGAUCGGAUUGGCGAGAGGAAGAGGAGGUGGUCUCAAAGGAAGGGGGUAAGGCCGGGAAGACUCCAGGAAGAAAGCCUUAGGAAGUAGAGGGAGGAAGGGUUGAAGCUAACGAGGCAGGGGGUUAACAGAACGAGAGAGAGAGAGUAUAUUAGGGAAAGGAGCGGGAGAGAGUACCAGCCAGGGAAGUAUUGAGCGUGAAAGAGUGGAGGGGUGAAAAUGGCGAACACGAAGGAGGAGAUGAGCAGUUUGUUUCCAAUCUUCGUCUUAUCAGUUCUGGCGUUGUUUGUUAUUCCCUGGACCGUCUACCGGCUCUGUAACUCCAAGCGUGAUUCUCGCAAAAGAAGCAAAUGCCCCUGCGCAGAGUGCAUGCGGGCGCCGAAGAAUCGAAUCUCGUUGGCAAGUCGGGUGGCGCGAUUUCUGUCAUGCGAAAACGUAGCUUUGGUGGCCUUAUGGUGCUUCAUGGCUGUGUUGUUGUAUUAUGUCAGGACUGUUUCACAGGAGGCAGCUCCAUUUGAUCCUUUCAGCAUUCUUGAACUCCAACACAGCGCGACGUUGGCCGACGUGAAGAAGGCAUACCGCAAAAAAUCACUCGAAUACCAUCCUGAUAAGAAUCCUAGCCCAGAGGCGGCAAAAUACUUUGCGGAAAAGAUUGCGAAGGCUUACAAAGCAUUGACGGAUGAAACAGCCAGAAAGAAUUAUGAAGAGUACGGUCAUCCUGAUGGGCACCAGGGGAUGAGUGUGGGAAUUGCACUUCCAGCAUUUAUGCUCAAUAUUGAUGGAGCGACAGGGGGCAUCCUGUUGGCAGGCCUGGUGGGAGUUGGGAUCCUUCUUCCGUUGAUGAUUGCCGUGGUAUACCUGAUCAAUUCGUCCAAGUACACGGGGAACUUCAUCAUGAAUCACACGCUGUACAGCUAUUUUCAUCUCAUGAAGCCUUCAUUAGCACCCACCAAGGUGAUGGAUGUAUUUACGAGGGCUGGCGAGUUCAUGGAAAUGCCUGUUCGACGAAGCGAUGAUGAGCCCCUUCAAAGGCUAUUUACACUGGUUCGGUCAAAUCUGAACUUUGAUCCGAAUAACCUGAAGCAGGAACAAGCCAAGUUUUGGAAGCGACAUCCAUCGCUUGUCAAGGUGGAACUUCUACUGUUUGCCCAUUUGACUCGUCAAGGAGCAGAAGUGCCUCCCGGGCUGAGGGGCGACCUCGAUCACAUUCUUAAGCUUUCCCCUCCCUUGCUUGAAGAGCUAAUGAAGAUGGCUCUUGUUCAGCGUGAUCAUACUGGAUUUGGGUGGUUUCGGCCGGCCGUUGGAGUCAUUGAGCUCUCUCAGUGCAUUAUGCAGGCUGUGCCAGUUAGUGCAAGGAAGGUUUCAGAAAGAGCAGUGGCAAUGGGUGCUUCAGCUGAAGGGCCUGCACAGUUUCUCCAGCUACCCCACAUUGAUGAAGUUGUGGUGAAGAAAAUUGUACGAAAGAAGGUGCGCACCUUGCAGGAGUUGAGGGAUAUGGAUUUGGAAGAUCGUCAGGCGAUGUUGAAAUCGGUGGCGGGCUUGACAGAGGAGCAAGUCGAGGAUGUGGAAUCAACUCUUGCAAUGCUUCCAACAAUCGUGUUGGAUAUCACCAUUGAGACUGAAGGGGAGGAGGAUAACCUUGUGCAGGAGGGGGACCUGGUGACGAUGAGCGCCUGGGUGUCAAUUGAGCGAGGGAAUAAAAUGACUCUUUGUCAGCCGCACACUCCAUAUUUCCCUUAUCCAAAAGACGAGGUAUACUGGCUUCUGCUUGCGGACAUACAAGCAAAUGCGGUUUGGAACUUUCAUAAGAUAAGUUUUCUGGACGAGACGGCUGCGAUAACCGCAGCGACAAAUGCUGUUCGUGACGCCAUGGAAGGCACUGGUGCUGACCCGAAGGACAUCCACGAUGCGAUCAAUAAAGUCAUAGAGAGGGUAAAGAGCGGUGCGCGCCUUGUGAAAGGCAAGUUCCCAGCUCCGGCGGAGGGAACGUACAAUUUGACCGCUUUGUGCUUGUGCGAUACAUGGAUUGGUUGUGAUAAGAAGACGAAUGUGAAGCUCAAAGUGUUGAAGAGAAGUAGGGCAGGGACACGCGGACAAGCUACGGCGGCAGAUGUUGGUAAUGCAGCAGCCUCUGGGGACGAGGACGAAGCGGAUAGCGAGGCAGAUGGGGAGGAGGUGGAUGAACAGUAUGAUGACGAGUACGAGAGCGAGUAUAGCGACGAUGAUGACGAUGAGAGAGAGGAAGAGGAUCAUGACAGCAGGGUUACAGAGAAUGGGAAGGUGGAGGAAGAAGGGGGGGCAGCAGAUGAAGAUGCAGGGGAGAUCACUGAUGCUGCUGGCACCUCUAGCCAGAAAGAGAAGGUUUCCCAACAAUCGUCGCAGAGUGAGAAUAACAAAGAAGCCAGAGGGGGAGCGAGGAGGAGAAGGCGAUAGCAAAGGUUUGUGAUUGAUGGUAGAUCAGGUCUCUGAAUAAUUGGGAACAAGGAAGGUUGUUAGCUAGAACCCUUUCUUUCGUGGUGGCUGGCUUCGGUGUAAAGGAUGAUCAAAAAGUUUUCAAUGUGGGCAAAGGUAAGUUCACAAUGGGUGGAACCCAAUUGAUAUUUUCAUUGGGACACUUGUCGUCGUCGUCGUUUUUUUUUGUUUUCUUUUGUGUGUGUGUGUGCGUGUGUUUGAUAGUGCGAACAGUUUGCUUGAAGAGAAGAAUGGUGAUGCAUGAGGUUGUGUGUAAGGCUGGGCUCCGGAGGAGUUCUUUUGGUUGGGGGGGGGGAAGGGCAGGUGUGUCUUGUUAUUCAAUUCAAUGAUUCUGCUGGCUGUUUCUUUCCAAUUUCCUGGUUUUAUUUCCUGGUUUUGCAUGAAGGAAGGCGAGGCUUAUUGCGUUAAUUCGUGUAGUGCAGGCAUGUUUUUCUCAUCUUCAAGGCUGUAACAGUGUGACUAUUUCCUUCUCACUCCCUAUUGAGCUGAAUGAAACCCAUUAUCUUUU